CUUAGCAGCCCGCAAGUUCAGUUGAAGAGCUCUGUUAACUGGAUCAAGAAAACAAGGAAAGGCAGAUAAAAUUGUGUCAUCUAAAGUAGCAGUCCUCAUAAAAGACCCUGAAGAUUAGGACAUUUCGAUAACAGAAAAAAAGGAAACAUUAUCGCGACAAAACAUGAUGAACUCCACUGAAGUUGAAAACUGCAAGACAAUUCAAAAGCUCUGUUGCUUGGCGAGCCUUAAAGAGCCACAUCGAACAAUUAUUUCUGCAUUAAAUGUUCUCCUUUCCAUCAUUGCUUUAAUGGGGAAUGUUCUGAUUUUUGUUGCUCUUCGAAAGGUCUCUUCCCUUCAUCCGCCAUCAAAACUUCUGUUUGGUUGCCUUGCAGGCACCGAUUUCUGCGUAGGCCUAAUCUCACAGCCUCUGUUUGUAAUUUUUAUUUUCGCUCCAGAACUUUCCAAACUGUGCUACUAUUCUACCGUACUUACAAAUACGAUAGGUUUCAUUUUCUCCGGGGUAUCUUUGUUAACAAUAACGGCAAUAAGUGUAGACAGACUUCUCGCCCUGAUGUUGAGGCUAAGAUACAGGCAAGUGGUAACUUUGAGGCGAGUAUGGGUCCUUGUGGUCUUUUUUUGGCUUUUUAGCACUGGCUUUUCAAUAACAAUGCUCUACAAGCGUCGCAUAGCUGAAACGAUUACCGCCAUAAUAAUGCUAUCAUGUCUUGUAACCUCGGCAUUUUGUUACAUGAAGAUUUAUCUUACCCUUCACUUUCACCAAGCUCAAGUUAAGACUCAUACGUCCCAAGGACAACCAAAUGAAGCACGAAUUCCAAUGAAUAUAGCACGAUACAGACAGACCGUGUCCAGUGCUUUGUGGGUACAAAUGACUUUACUUGUUUGUUAUCUACCAUUUGCUGUUGUCACAGGUUUACGUGGUGUGCUUGGGUUACAAUCGGCAGCUCUUCACCAAGCUCAUGCUGUAACGAUUACCCUUCUUUUGUUGAACUCCACGUUGAAUCCAUUCCUGUACUGUUGGAAAAUAAAAGACGUGAGGCGAGGAGUGAAGGACACCAUCAAGAAGUUGAACUGUUUUCCGGGAUAACUCCCUCGAAAUCCUAGACGGUAUGGACUAGACUUCAAGUGUGAUAAGACAUUAUUUGCAAGUAACUAAAGAAAGAUAUUAAUGAAUUGUAAGCAAUUGCAAUGUUAGUAUAGUAAGUUGUGUAAGUAGAUGCCGCCCCCCACU